UCGAAUAAUUAAGCAUAGUUCUUCUCGCAGCUCUUGUUGUUGACGCAGAGCCGUAGUUUGUAAUAAAACAGCUAGCGCACGUGUCCGGGCGCCGGGGGUGCCAAUAAUGCUGUAAUCGAUUCGCCUUCGUCCACCUGUAAUACACAAGUGUCAGCGUAGCAUUAGUGAAGUUUAUCCUGCAAGAUGGCUGCACGAAUGUGUGCGUAAUAUUAAGUGUCAAAUAGUACGGCUGUCAGAUGUCCGUCAAGAUGACGCGCUACAAGCAAGCGGAGUUCGCUGAUGAAGAUAGCAACAGCAUCGGUUCAAUUCAGAUGAACGAGGGUGUCUCCAGCACGAGCACUCAUAUACGAUACCAUACGGGCACGUCAUUAUGGCGGGCACGUACCGCUUUGGAAAAAGGCCUUUUAGGUAUGAUCGGUGGUUUGCUUCUGGUGCUUCUCAUUUUAUCGGUCGUUCUGAUGGCUAGGACACCCCAGAGGACACGCACUGUCAGUACAGUUUCUGUGGCGCCGACGAUCAGUCCAUGUUUGACGGAGUCCUGCAUUCACAAAGCCAGCGAGAUUCUUUAUAACCUGGACACCAGCGUAGAUCCUUGCGACGAUUUCUACGCUUAUGCCUGCAAUGGCUGGAUUAAGAAUAAUCCAGUUCCUGAUGGAAAAUCAAUGUGGGGAACUUUCGCCAAGCUGGAGCAACAAAAUCACUUAGUAGUUAAAAAUGUUUUAGAAAAACCAAUGGAUGAAAUGAAAUCCAAAGCAGAAAUGAAAGCAAAAAUGUAUUAUAUAUCGUGUAUGGAUGAAGACGAAACUAUAGAAUCAUUAGGCGCCAAACCAAUGUUGCAAUUGUUGAAUAAAAUUGGCGGUUGGAAUGUUACUAAUAGUGGAUUUAAUGUAUCAACAUGGAAUUUGCAGAAAACACUUCAUACACUCCAUUUAAGAUAUAACAUGGGUGGCUUAUUUAACUGGGCAGUCACCGAAGAUGACAGAAAUUCUAGUAGGCAUUGCAUUAAGAUCGAUCAAGGUGGUCUUACUCUGCCUACUCGUGAGAGCUAUUUAAAUAAAACAGCACACGAGAAAAUUUUGUCAGCAUACCUGGAUUACAUGGUUAAAAUUUCAGUCCUUCUGGGAGCAGAAGAGAAAGAUGCUCGCCAUCAAAUGGCAGAGGUUAUAGAAUUUGAAACUCGAUUAGCUAAUAUAACAGUUGCUAUGGAAGAUAGACGUGAUGAAGAAAAAUUAUACCAUAGUAUGCCAUUAACUGAUUUGCAAGAAAAAGCUCCAUUUAUCAACUGGCGUGAGUAUUUCCAAGAAGCUUUGAGAAUAGUGAGUAAAAAAAUUUCAGAAAAGGAAAGAGUUGUUGUAUACGCCCCAGAAUAUUUAGCCGAUUUAACCACUCUAAUUCAUGAAUAUAGCGAAACAGAUGAGAAAAAAAUAGUAUUGAAUAACUAUUUGGUUUGGCAAACUGUGCGGCUUAUGGCUUCUUACCUGUCGAAAGCUUUUCGAGAUGCAUAUAAGGGUCUAAGGAAAGCUCAAAUUGGGUCUGAAGGCGGAGAAGAGCCUUGGCGUUAUUGUGUAACAGAUACAAAUAAUGUUAUAGGUUUUGCUGUAGGAGCAAUGUUUGUUCGAGAAGUUUUCCAUGGAGAAUCAAAACCUCAAGCUGAAGAAAUGAUUAACGAAGUUAGAAAUGCUUUUAAGAACAAUCUGAAAAACAUGAAAUGGAUGGACAGUGAAACAAAGAAAUCAGCUGAGAUCAAAGCUGAUGCCAUAUCCGACAUGAUUGGCUUUCCUGAUUAUAUAUUAAACCCACAGCAGCUAGAUGAGAAAUACAGAGAAUUGACAAUAGAUCCAAAGAAAUACUUUGAAAAUAAUAUUAAAGUAACUAUUUUUAAUAUGAAAAAGAAUUUGGAAAAACUUGACCAGCCAGUGAAUAAAACGAGGUGGGAUAUGACGCCUUCAACUGUUAACGCGUAUUAUACACCGACCAAAAACCAGAUUGCCUUUCCUGCUGGCAUUCUGCAGAUGCCUUUUUAUGAUAUCAACAAUCCCAAGAGUCUAAAUUUCGGAGCUAUGGGAGUAGUCAUGGGCCAUGAACUGACUCACGCCUUCGAUGACCAAGGCAGCGAAUACGACAAGGACGGUAAUCUGCACUCGUGGUGGAACAACAAAACGCUCAUUCGCUUCCGAGAAAAGACUGAUUGCUUCCAAAAACAAUAUGGAAAUUAUACUAUCAAUGGAAAAAAUGUCAAUGGAAAACAAACUUUGGGAGAAAACAUAGCUGAUAAUGCCGGAUUGAAGGCGGCAUAUCACGCUUUUCUGGAGACACCGUCAUUGCGAGAUAUGGACCAUUUGCCUUUGCCCGGCAUCAAUCUAACCCACCGCCAAUUAUUUUUUGUUUCCUUCGCGCAGGUUUGGUGUUCAGCUAUAACAAAAGAAGCAACUACGCUGGAGAUAGAGAAAGAUUCUCAUUCGCCGCCAAGGUUUCGUGUGAUAGGACCAGUAUCAAAUCUUAGAGAAUUUUCUGAAGAAUUUAAAUGUAAAUCUGGAUCGCGCAUGAAUCCAAUAAAAAAAUGUGAAGUUUGGUAAACAAAAAUUUUAAAAGAACGUAUUAAAUAAAAUCAUAUUUUAUGUUAGAUAAUAAGUGAAUAUUUAUACCGUCAGUUACUCAUCACGUUAGACGUAAAUGCUAUAACAGAAUUCAAUACCACAUGGUAGAUUA